UGCUAGGGGCGGGGCGGCGGCGCGGUCCCGGAGCUCCGCUAGCGGCCGCGGCUCGUUCCGCGCUCUCCCGCCGCAGCCCUCGGCGCCGCCUGUUGCUAGCUCUGCCGGGCCGCCGCGUCCCGCCCGCUGCCCCGGGGGUAGGCGGCCCGAGAGGGCGCCAGCGCGCGGGCAGCUUCCCGCCCUCUCCUGGCCCCGCGCCCGAGCGGUUCGCACGACGCCGGCAGCCCCGAGACCGCGCACGCCGGCCAGCUUCCCCUCGCGCCCCGGACCGCACGCCGAGCCCCCGGACGCCGAGCCGCGAUGAACGCCACCUUCCUGAACCACAGCGGCUUGGAGGAGGUGGGCGGCGCCGGCGCCGGGGCCGCCCUGGGAAACCGCAGCCACGGGCUGGCCACGUGGCUAGGCUGCUGCCCCGGGGGUGCGCCGCUGACCGCCGGCGACGGGGUGCCCGCGGGGCUGGCGUCGGACGAGCGCAGCCUGUGGGUGUCGCGCGUGGCGCAGAUCGCCGUGCUGAAUGUGCUGUCGCUCACGAUGGUUUUCGGACGUCUUCCUUUCUUGGGCUGGAACAUGCUCAUCAAGUGCUGAGAGUAAGAUCAACUAUUGCGACGCAAGAAGCGCCGGCCCUCCAGGGACGUGGGCGCCGCUAUCCUGGGGCUGUACUGAGCGCCGCGCGGCGGGAGGAGCCGACGCGCGCCCGGGACCCUCCUCCGCCGCCCACCGGCAGCGCCCGGGCCGAGGACGCCGCGGGACCGGCGGCGGCGGCGCGUGAAGAGACUUGCAGCCGGGCUCGGUCCAGCGCGCGGGACGGGGGCGGGUGGGGGUGGGCAUGUUGUGGUUUUUUCUUUAUUUUUUUAAUCGGUUUUUUAGAAAAACAAGUCCAGGGCUGGGUGCGAGUGGGUGUGGGAUGCCACUUGGGGCUGAGGUCGCUCGCGCGGGAGUUCGGUGUGUUUGUCGGUGGGGUGGGGGCGGGUUGCGCGCAGGGGCGGGGGAGCUGACGCGGGGAGUCGCUGGGACUGUUGGCCUCAUCGUACCUGGGGACGGAGAUCUCAAAAUAAAAUUGCAGCCGUCGGGAGUUCUUCGGGCCGCUCCCCGCCGCGCCAGUUGGGGCCGUGCCGCGGGGCGCAGUGCGGGGACGUGGGCAGAGGUGCGCAGGGGGCGGGGAGGAGGGCGGCAUGAGCCCUCGCUGGGGCCGCUUGGGGCAGGUCGGGGAGGAUCUGGCCCCUGCGUGGCCUGCGCUGUCCGGUGCGGGGCUCCCCGCGCUCCACGCCGAGGCCGGAGCGGGAAAGGGGAAAGCAGCUGUUUGCAAGCUGGCUGCCGAAGAGGCAGGUCCUGCGGGGCGGGCCAGGCAGCAGCGAGAGUAAUUAAAUCAUUGGAAAUUGGAGUCUGUUCCCUGAGAUGAAAAAAAAGUGCGUUGAAUCCAGAACGGGGAAAGCAGUAAAAUACAUCCAGAGAGGGUUCAAAGGCUUCCGCCGGGCGGGGGUGGGCGGACUGCACCUGCUACAAAUGGAGUUUUACUUAGGAGCCCCAGGGCCCCGUGGAAGGCUUCUCGGGCUCCCUCCCUUCUAAAUCGCAGUAAGAGGACUGGGAACACCCCCCACCACCACCACCUUUCUGCACGGGAAGGGGAGGGGUUUGGGUGCCAGGUCCCAGGAUGUUCAUGGAGACAGUGGCCCCUGCGCAGCCCAGGCCCACGCCUCCUGCAGGUGCUCCCUUGCCUUAGCGGUGGUCUCCUUGUAUAUUCCAGUCCCAGGGGGAAGGAGGCUCUGCCGCCUGCAGGUGCUGCCGGGAGACAGCUGGAGGAGGGGGCGCCCCAGGGGAGAAGGCUGGGCCUGUACCCUCUGCUCACCCCCGCAGCCCUAGUGCCAGCCCCUCCAGCCUCCUGUGCUCGGAGCGCUGAGGGGGAGACACUAAGGGACUGACUCUCGCUCUCUUCUUUGGCGGCGGAUGGUGGAAGAGAAGGGGAAGGAGAAGGAAGGUGGCUGAAGCCUUCGCUGGCACUCUCGGCUUCCACAGGGAGGAGGUGGGGGUCGCGGAACAGAAGCGGAGCCUGCCCCUCCCUGGUCCUGAGCUCUCCUCUGCGGGUGGGGUCACUAUCAGGAUGGUCACCGUCAGGAUGUGUCCCCCCAGUCUCGGAACUGGGCGGGGCUUCAUUCAGCUGGCCAGGCCAGGAAGGCCAAGGGUCAGAGACCAGGAGGUGGCUUGGUGUGAUUACAGGUGGCCAGCCUGGCAGGGGGGAGGGCAGCUUUAAGGACUGAGGAGGCCCGACACGGGUGACUGCGGGCUCGGCUGGUCCGGUGGCCCCAGGACACAGCACAGACAUCAGCAAUCAUGGGAAACCCCAAAGGACUGAAAAACAAGGGUUUUGCAUAAAAAAGAGGGUUUCACAAAAACACAGGCUUUGAUAGUUUGCCGUCUGGCCAGCUUUCGGUGACUGCUACCAAGACUUUCCUUGGCCUGCCACAGCGGAGGGUACUCAAGAGUUAAAUCCCUGGAUUUGCUGUAAAAACGAAAGCCCUAGUGGGAAAGCUUUGCCGAUUUUCCCAUUAUUAAAAAAAAAAAAAAGUGCGACACGUCUGUGUAGUGACGUGCACGUCUGAGCCCCAUGCCCUGGUGUGCACACGUGUGAACUAGUCCAUAGUCAUGGCACCGUGCGAGUGCACGUGUGCACACGCAGGCAGGUGCAAGGGCAGGCUCGAGCCCCAAGGAGGACGGCAGGUGUGGGCAGGCCCUGGGGAGGGACCAGGGUGGGAGAGCUCACCUAUAGCCCGGCCGCCGUGCUCCCUGGAGCCCCGGAGGCCCGCAGUGCUCACCGUGCCUGUUGUACCCCUCGGGCAGGGUGUCAGGGUGGGGUCCCCAAGCCACGUCGGGCACAGGGUCCAGAGGAGUGGUCGGAAUCCUGAAGCCCUGUGGGGCUGGGCUCGUGGAGCAGUGGGUUAAGCUGCCGCCUGCGACACCAGCGUCCCAUGUGCUCACCUGCUCUGAGUCCCGGCUGCUCCAUUUCCGAUGCAGCUCCCUGCUAAUGCACCUGGGAAAGGCCGCUGCAGACAGCCCCUGCCACCCACGUGGGAGACCUGGAUGGAGUUCUGGUGGCCUGGCUUCGGCCUGGCUCAGCCGCAGCAGAUGGAGGAUCUCUCUCCCUCUCCCUCUCUCUCUCUGACUUUCCCUCUAUCUCUGUAACUGUGCUUUUCAAAUAAAUAAAAUGAAUCUUAAAACAAGAA